AUGGAGGCGGAUGAAAGUUCCGACAAUCUUAUUAUCACUCCGCUGGGUUCCGGUCAGGAGGUCGGUCGUUCCUGUCACUAUUUGACAUUCAAAGGCAAAAAAGUCCUGGUAUGUUUAAUCGAAUUUUGUCCCAAUUUCACUUAUCUGUUGCUGUUUGCCCGGAAUCAGCUGGGUGCUGUUUUGCAGUUGGACUGUGGCAUUCAUCCGGGUAUGAGCGGCUUCGAUGCGCUGCCCUUCGUGGAUUAUGUGGACUGUGAGGAACUCGAUUUGCUACUGGUGAUCGAUUUUCACGAGCAGAAAGAAGUGAAUGGUAUCAAAUUUUGGUGCCAUGUGGCGGGUCAUGUUUUGGGUGCAUGCAUGUUCAUGAUCGAGAUCGCUGGCAUCCGAAUCCUCUACACCGGUGAUUUCUCGAGAAUCGAAGAUCGGCAUUUGUGUGCGGCUGAGUUGCCAUCGGUUUCGCCGGAUGUGUUGAUCUGUGAGUCGACAUAUGGCACGCAGAUCCAUGAAAGUCGCGAAGAACGGGAAAAAAGUACUGUUCACGAGAUUGUUGGACGCGGUGGUCGUUGCCUGAUACCAGCAUUCGCACUUGGACGUGCACAGGAGUUGCUACUAAUUUUGGACGAAUAUUGGGAAGCACAUCCGGAAUUACAAGAUAUUCCUGUCUAUUAUGCAAGUUCAUUGGCGAAGAAAUGUAUGGCAGUGUAUCAGACGUUUGUAAGUGGAAUGAAUUCCCGCAUACAGAAGCAGAUUGCGUUGAAUAAUCCAUUCGUUUUCAAGCACGUUUCCAAUUUGAAAGUAUGCCAUUCAUCAGCUAUUCAAUCUUUUUAUUAUUUCCUCCAUAAUUUUUAUUACUGCAUAGCGUACUUAUCAUUAUAACU